AUGUACCCCAGCAACAACGUCGACUACGCCUAUCUUCCCACUCCGACAUCCCUGCCCAGCAAACCUCCUCCCCGGCCACAUGCCCUCGACCGAAACUUCCGCUUUCCCCUCCAUCCUCCCCCGCCUCAACCGAACUUUCAAAGAGGACAACAGGGCCAUGGUUUCUCUCCCUCCAUGUCUGUAAAGGGGAGUCUCGAUGGAGCAGGCUUCGGAGGCGGCGGGCGGCAUGAGCGAACCAAUACGCUCCAGCUCAACCCUGGAGCGCCAGCAGAAUGGGCAGACAUGGGUCAUGGACCGCCUGUGAGCGCUGUCGGCGGCCUGAAAUACGAUCGCUCGCCCCUCGGGCACGGAUUCGCCCCUUCCGUCCAGCAUCACUCCAACUCACUCCCCAUUCACUCCCCAAACUCGCCUCAUGCUCUUCCUCAGAUCAACACCAACCCCUUGCUCACGCCGGGUUUGACGCCUCCCCCGAUCAACCGAGCUUGGACCCUCGACUCGUCUAGUCGUGCAAACUUGUCGCCUUUGGCACAAAGCCAUGGCGGGAGGAAUUUGACGAGGUCGCCGUUGGCGUAUGAAGAUGGGCGAUCUGGCGCUAGUUCGCCCGCACGUUCGAUGGUUUCCUCUGCUCGCUCGGCGAAUGGGGACGGGCCAGAAAGGGGAGACAGAAGGGUCUUUACUGCUCCGUCCUAUACGUACCAUACCGGCCCGGAUGGACCCCGCUCUGAGCAACUGGCGCAUCCCAAACCGGAGAGGGCUUCGAAAGGGCUUCGAGGAAGGAUCGGUGGGCCGCCCAAAGCUGUCCUAGGCGGGCCAGGAGGCAAGACGUUUGACGAAAUGAUGACGGAUCAGGGCAAGGGACUCCAAAGCCCAGAGAAAGCUUCUGGAGGGUUGACACCUUCUCCAAGGCAUAGCAACCGAGAUGACUCGAGCGAAGGUGGGGAGCAAGAGGAAGAGGAGGUGAAGUGGAAAGGCAACAGGGUGGUGGUGCGUAUGCCGCACAAGGAGUACAAUCCUCCCGAGUCGCCUCUUUUCGUCAAGAAUCCCGAGGAGGAGGAUGGAGAUCAUACACCUGUCGAGCAGUUGUCGCGAAAAGAGGCGUUCCCUUGGCCUGCUGCCCAGGUCAGGCUUUCGCCAGAGUCCACGCCCUUACCUAUGUCACCCAGGGAUGCUGAGCAUGAGGAUCCAGGAGAAGCGCUGAGUAGAGUGCCUUCGCCCGAUAUAGACUGCGACAUUGAGACGGUAUGGAACGGCAAGAAGCUGGUCCUUGCUAUCCCCGAACCAGAUGCGUGGGGCAGCCUGACUCAAGAGCGGGAUGAGCGCGAACUCGAGAAGAUGUUGGAUGAGAUGGCGGCUGCUGAGCAGGCGGAGCUUGAUGCGACGCCAGAUGAGAAAGAAGACGAUCAAGUGGAAGAUGAAAGGAUUAAAGAAGUUCUCGACGACGGGGAGAAGACAUUCGACGCGCACGGAUCUGCAGCGGGCCUCCACCGCGCGUCCACGUCAACCACACAUCACCCACCACUCUCCCCAUCUCAGUGUCCUCUUCCCCCAUCUCCCAUCCCGUCCCCCCCGCCCCCGUCCUCGCCACCCAGGUCGGCCAACUCCCAAUCCUCGGCCAAGCGCUCGCAGGGCGUCAUGCAGAUGAAUAGCUUUGCCCGCAGGCAGCUGGGCGGCUUCCUCAAGCAGGCGGCAGGGGAUGGUGACAAGGAGGCGAGGCCAAAGCUCAAGCGGCCGACCCGAAGGUCAGAGUCGGCGGAUAUACCACCUCUCGCGGUCAAGGAGAAGAAUGCGGAUGAUGGUAGCCCGGAGGCUGGCCCGUCUCAAGGAACAGUAAAGGAGGUCACUCAACCAUCGCUCCAAGCCUCGAUUCUCUGGAGUGAGCUGCAAGAGUCAGAGCCAGAAAGAAAGUCUAGUGUGGAUGAAGAGGAAAGGAAGCCCGUCAAGAAUGAAGCUGUACCACUGCCUGCAUCGUUGUUGGACUUGAAGCGAAGGGUCCUUGCGUCGUCUUCAGCGGUGAAGGAGAAGAAAGACAAGGAAAAGGAGGAUGAGAAAGCAGCUUCUGGCUGGCGAGAGGCAAGUUGA